GGUGAUCUUCACGAUGGCGGCCCUUAGGGCACUAGUGUCUGGUUGUGAGCGGCUGCUCCGAGGUUUCUUAGAGCGACCAGCUCACGUCAUUUGGGCUCGGCCACCUGCCCGAGGUCUCCGAGAAGUGGUGGAGAUCCAAGAAGGGAAGACAACUAUUAUUGAAGGCCGAAUCAUAAAAACUUCCAGGGUAGCACCAGAUCCUCCUAACCCCUCUGGCCAGUGCCCAAUCUGUCGUUGGAAUCUGAAACACAAGUAUAACUAUGAGGAUGUCCUUUUGCUGAGUCAGUUUAUCCGGCCCCAUGGGGGAAUGCUGCCCCGAAGUAUCACAGGUCUCUGCUUAGAAGAGCAUCGGAAGGUGGCAGAGUGUGUGAAGAUGGCCCACCGAGCAGGUCUUCUGCCGAAUCAUAGGCCUAAGCUUCCUGAAGGAUUUGUUCCCAAGAAAAAACCCCAACUCAAUCGGACCUUCAACUCAGUUCCUGGACAUGCCCUGCUUGUUCUCCAACCUCCUCAGCCCAGAAGAACGAUGCAGAAACAUAUUCAGAGUGUUAUAUAGCCAUUAUAGAGGCAACUUGCAGUUCUCUAUGUACACUCUCCCUCUGUAGGCUUCCCAUAUCACAACUAAGAAGAUGACUCUCUGGAGAUUCAGCUCCAUCUCUAACUGCUUGCUGGAUAUCUCUCUCUGCCCGAUGUUCUAUUAUCACAUGAAAUCCAACCUGUCUACAAAGGAAUCGAUUGUCUUUUCCUUACAAUCAGCUCCCCUUACCUCCCCUUGCCUCACCUCUGGCCUUGUUUAUUUCUGUUAUUCUCCAUCUUGGAGUCAUCUGGGAUUUUCCCUCUCCCUCACCAUCCAGGCAGCCACCUAACCCUGAUGAUUCUUUUACAGCGUCUACAGCCACCCGCCAUCUGUCUACUUAGACUCUUACAGUAACUUCCCAAAUGUUCUCCCCAUUCCCCUAAUCUCUCUCUAUUCUAAUCCAUUUUAUACAUCCCUGAAAUUAAUUUUCCUAAAAUAUCACUUUGUAUACAUCUAUAAAGGGGCAGCUGUGGCUCAGUG